GAGGAAUUGAUUAUUUUAGGGGAGUCACCCUGAGGAGUCGAGAAUAGCGAGGUAGUUCGUCAUGGAUACUCGUUCAGGUAGCAUAAAAGAUCCGAUUUAUUACCCAUCUGGUUCGGAUAACUUGGAUCAAAAUAAUGAUGUCGAACCAAGCGCUCGUAGUUCUGGUGGUAGUCAAGAACUCGGUUUGGACGAGAGCGCCUCGCUUAAAGUACCAAGAAAGUUUAUUACAAAUUGGCGGCAAGCCUGCGAUCGGACUCGUGAUAGAACAAAAGAUUUAUUAAAGAGAUGGAGAACAGUACCUAGUAAUACUGACGUAUUCACUGAAACUUCAACGGUUACCAAAGAGAUCGAACAUCCUGGCUGGAGCGUACACGUUUGGACAACUUGGGUGAGUCGUUAUCCGAGCGACGAUAGUUUAACAGCGAUCGAACAUUUUGACAAAAGAGGACAUUCGAAAGUAUUGGCGCCUAUACAACGUGAUAAACUUUCACAUUUCUUUAUAUUAUUGGAUCACGACAAGGAUGGUUUUAUCACUAGAAAGGAUUUCGGGAUAUUAUCCGAGAGAUUACGAAGAUUCGCCGAUUGGUCUUGGAACGGUCCAGAAUAUUUACGUUUGUUAGAAGUCGAAAAAGGAUUUGCUUCAUUGAUAUUUCCUGAUAAUAAAAACGAACUGGAACAACAGACGAGAAAAAUCGAUCUUGACGAUUGGUUAUCUUGGUGGACAAAAAUAAUAACGCCAAUUAACGGAACGAAUUACAAUGAGUUACCGUUUUGGAUUAAAAUGAUGCCAAAAAUAUUUUUCCUCGUUAUUAAUGGUACAGGAAAUGGAAAGAUCAGCAAGGACGAAAUUAGCAAUUUUUAUGGUUCGAUUGUUGGUCUUGAUUCGGAUAGAAUUGAAAAAUGUAUUGACAUUGCCUAUAACUCGAUGACCUCUAAUGGAGAUCAUCCUCUCGGUUGGCCACAGUAUCAAUUAAUUUUUGCAAAUUUUUUAUUUGGACGUGGUCCUUUCGGACCGGGUGAACAUUUUCUUGGAAUGACAGACUCUUGUAUCGCACGUGGAAACAGUAUACCUUUUCCAAUUGAUUAUUCCGCCAUGAAUACUCCGAAAGAUAAAUUAGAAAUUUAUAGUCCACAUUGUAAAAGUAGUAGACGAAGUGUUGUGGUAUAAAAUAUAAAAUAAGUUAUAUACAUAUGUAAAUUCAAUUAACGUGUUAAUUACAAAAUGGCUAACUUCGGUUCAUUUAUAAUUGUUACGAAUUUAUUCUUUUUCUUUAAUACUCGUAUGAAUUAUUUACGAACUUUCUUAUAUAUCAAAGUUAUUUAAU